GUUUGUGAGGGGCGGGAGUUCCUUCUGGAUGAUUCGCUGUCGCAGCUCUACGUGACACGUAACUAAAGGUGCGAUUAGGCCUCUCUAAACUUCUUUUAAUUAGUAAAAAGACCGUUUUUCAUUAUGUAGGAAACUUAACAGAGCUUUGACUAAGCACGAGGACCGACUACAACCGGGUUCAUUAUUAUUAUUUUUUUAUCUGUUGCUCAAUCUGUUUUUGGAAAACUUAGCGAAACGUGAGACUUUUGUAAACAUUUCAAACAUAAAAAAGUCGCAAGAGCAACUGUGAUGCAAUUAUAAUGUUUCACGAGGAAUCUGGCAGAGAACUCAGCUUUUUCUACACUGAAGAGUGAAGAGAAAAUAAUUCCCGGGAAAGUUUCUGUGGAAUCCGGGAGAGGAGGGAACAUGGGCAACGGCGCGUGCUCCAGGAAGCAGAAGAAGAUUUCCCAGUCUCUGUUACUGCUCACAGUGGUGUUUGGGAUGAUCUACGGUGGGAUGUUUUCCUACGAGAUGCACAAACAGCUGAAGAGGACAGAAGAGAUGGCCGUGAAAUACCAGCAGCACCAGGAGUCUCUUUCCGCUCAGCUACAAGUUGUGUACGAGCAUCGCUCCAGGUUGGAGAAAUCUCUUCAGAAGGAGCGUCUGGAGCAUAAAAAAUCCAAAGACGAUUAUCUUGUGUAUAAAAUAGAGGCUCAGCAGUCUCUCAGCAAAGAAAAGCAAGACUCCGGCGUCAGGUUUAAUUCUCUGCAUUCCCAGCAUCAGAUUUUGAAGAACCAGCACGACGAACUAAAAAAGCAGUUUUAUGAGCUACAAGAGCAACAUCAGCUGCAAGAAGAUGAACACAACAAGGCAUUAGAUGAACACAAACAGAGGCUCGACGAGGUUCAUCAGACUAAAGAGUCAGAGAUUUCCAAGCUCAAAGAGAAUAUAUUAAACCUACGUGAGGAGAACAAGCAGCUGAGAAAAGCUCAUCAGGAAGUCUAUGUGCAGCUCCAGGACACCAGGCAACAGCACAAGAACUUAAAAUCUACCCACGACCAACUUGUGUUGACCCUGGAGGACCACAAGAGUGCGCUGGCUGCAGCACAGGUUCAUUUGGAUGAAUAUAAACAGCUGAAGGAAACGCUCAAUAAAAUGCCCAGUUUGAGACAUGAAUCUGCUCAGAUGGUCCAGCCGGUCCAGAACAGGAACGCAAAGGAGCCCCAUCAACCCCAAGAGGCUCAGCCAGAGGUGGAGAAGCAUGAUGAGGUUCAGAAGCCUCAGUCGCAGCACAGGGAGGAGGAUGGAGAAAUGGGAGGAGCUGAGGAGAGGAGGAGAGAGCUGGCAGAGGAGGAGAUGGAGCAGGCCGGGCAACCACAGAAACUGGAGGAGGAGUUUGAUGUGGCACAUAAUGAAGCAGAGGAGGAGGAGCCAAAGGCCAACCAACCAGAUGAGAACGCGCUGGAGAGGGAGCAACAUCACGGUCAUGAGGUGGCGCCAGCUGAGGCUCAUGUGCAGCACGAGAAGUCAGCGUAUGAACAGCAGCAGGAGCAGCAGCGUCUAGCUGCACAUCUGGAGGAGGAGCGCAGACAGCUGAACCUGCAUCAGGAGGCCCUGAAGAAACAGCAGCUGCAGCAUCAGAAGGAGAAAGAGGAGAAGCUGCGUCUGCAGAGAGAGACAGAGGAACAGCACAACAGAGAAGCCGAUCUCAAAGAGCAACAACUCCAGCAAGAAAUGCUUCGGGAAAAGGCACAGUAUGAAAACAUGGAUGCUGAUAUAGUCCAGGGAGAAGAAGAGCCACAGAUAGCUGAGGAGAAAGAGGUGAAUGUGCACCAUGAGGAGGCGAGGCCAGAUGAAGCAGAGCAUGUUCAUCAUGAAGAUGAGCAUCCUGUAGAAGCAGAAGUUGAUCCGGCGCAUGACCCAAACAACCAGGGCGAGGAUGAAUUUGAGGAGGCGGAGCAUCAGCAGCCCCAUGAGGGAGAGAAGGAAGAAGAGGUGGCACCCGUUGGCCACCCUGACAUGCACCUGGCCGUAGAGAAUCAGCACCAGCCACCCGCCGAAGAACAGCCGGUGAUGGCUGGAAACCCAGACCAACAGGAAGAUGCUCUGGAUGAGCAGUACCAGGAAGAUGGAGAUGACGAGGCUCAGGAUGAGCUGGUAGAUAAUCAGAAGCGUGAGGCAGUGCGGGAGGAAGAGGGAGACCAGUAUAAGGAGGAGAAUGGAGAACAGGAAGAGGCCAGAGACCAGGAUGUAGCGGUGAAGCAGGAUAAUCAGGCCGCUCAACAUCCCAAUGAGGAGAACUACGAAGAAGAAGAAGAGGAGGAAGGAGGCAACGGUGAUAAACCACCCAAUAGCAGGGCAGAAAUGUGAGCUGAUUGAAAGCAAGGACAGCCAAUCGCUGCUACCUGUUUGGAUUGGGUUUCCCAGCCUGUUGGGUUGUUCUGAGGAAUAGGAAACGGGUUUCACUUCUGGUCUUUGAGACACUGAAACCAAGAUGCACCUAAAUGCCCAACCAUUUACAGACCAAAUGCUCUGUCUAUACUGUCUUGUCAUUUCUAGUUAGUAUGUUUUGAUAUGAUUUCUUUAACUGGACGACAGAUCAGAUUCCAACCACCAGAAAGUCUUGCACUGAAAGUUUUGCCAAGUGCCUUUUUUGAUCAGUCGCGCUCCAAAUUCAAGAUAUAUUCCAUUUUUGAAAUUAAACAGCCUUAUUUUAGUAGUUAAGACUUAUUCUGAUGGACUGGCAGCAGUCACCAAUCAGCAUUGAAUCUUCUCCUGGCCCUACCCAAACACGUGGUGCUAAUUCAUCCAUCGUAUCGAUGAAUAAUGCAGGAUGGGUUUGGAAAGAUGCUUGGGUCAACAGGAAUGUUUACAAGUAAUUCAAGCCGAUAACUGUAGCUGUCGAAAGCUCAAGUUUUUAAAAGUUACUAUAUGUGCUUAUUUACCUUAAUUGGAUUAUAUGAUGCCUAGACGAGAACCAAAAUCGUUCAGUUUAAUACUGAUUUUCAUCUGCUUUUCACUAAGUGCCUCAGAGAUUAUAUUAUACUUUGUCCAAUGUCUCCAUUAUGGAAACACAUUUUUAUCUUUUUUUUUUUUUUUGGACCUGUCAACUUCUAUUCUAGUAUAAACUAGUACUAGUAUUCUACAUGCUAAUGAACGGGGGCCUAAAAAAUCUUAUUGUCACUGUAAGUCUUUAACACAACAUCAGACAGCAGAGAAUUAACGGUACAUUGGAAAUGAGAAUUGAUGAGACAUAAUAUUCACAUGUAGAUCUAGAAUAUGUGACGAGUAAAUAAAAUUGCUGGAUUAAUUUACUCAAAAUGAUUUGUUCUGAAUGUAUGCUAAAUCACUACAAUACUGAAAAUUUUUAUUUAUUUUGUCUUUUUCGUAUAUACUUAGUUUUAUAUAAAUGAAAUAAUCUUUUUUUUUUCCAGGACGCAUAAGAAUUUUAGAUUUAUUAGUUAAUGUACUGUAAUAUUGCUUAAACCAGCUCUCCUGUCAAGUGUUCAGCUUUAAUACUUUAUAUUUAAAAUGAAUAUCUAUAUGUGUACAGACCCCACCUCCAAAGUUUUGUAAAAGUCAAAUAAAACCAUUCUGAGUAAUA